AUGUUGCACUCAGAGCACCAAGCUACUCAGACCACUUUGUCGUCACUAGAGGAUGUGCAGAGGAGGCUUGAGGAGUUGGGGUCUGACGUGCAGUAUCGGACAGAGCGUCUGGCAACUUGUGUCUCAUCUAUCGCUGGUGAGGCAGAGGCAGUGAAAGCUGAUCUGGGAAAUGUUGGCCUUUCGCUACAACAGUCGGAUAUGCUUUGGAAACAGGCUGAUAGCAAGUUUUCUGAGAUGUCUAAGCGUAUUGGUCAGCUUGAGGAGGCGUUGGCUAUGCAGUCAAGGGCGAACACAUCAUUUGAGGCAGAUGUUAACACGAAGUUGGACAUUCUUAAUCAAAUGGUGCAAGGCCUACAAGCAUCACUGUGCCAAGUGGACGCACUUGGUGGAACUGUAGACUCGAUGAAGGACGCAGCUUCUCAGGUCAGUGAUGUCAUGGCUGAGUAUGGUGACAAAUUGCGCGCGCACGACAAAAAGUUUCUGGAACUCAGCAUUGGACACGAUGGGUCCGAAGAUGAGUCUGGAUCUGGACACGAAGAAAGAACCCUUGAACGUUUGGUGAAACUUGCAAAGGAGGAGUUUAUGACCAAAGGUGAUGGGGCUAUAUGGACACAACGCCUUCUGGAUGAGCAGGGGGAGAUUGAGAAGCUUAAGAAACAGCUUGAAACAUCUGUUGCAUCUCAUAAGGACAGCACGAAGGAGUUGAGCAGUAUCCUGGAGCGAGUGGUGGCCAACGAGAAGGUCACUAGCAAGCUUCAGCUACGCUAUGAGGAGAUCAGCAAGCAGUUGGUCAUUUUGUCGUCCCACUUGAGCGACGAUCAGGUGCAGGAGCAGGAUAAGGUGUCGCGCCGUCCUGUGUCCAACAUGGCGGACAGAGUGAUUGAACAGCUGCCAGUUGAGCCUUCCACGCCGCGGACUUCUGGACCUGGGAAACCGGAAAGAUAUCUCAUGACACCGGAGGCUGGACGCCAGUCAGGUCCUGAGGCUGGAAACGGCUGGUACGAUGAUGACGAAGAGGAAGAGCUGGAGGCAGUGCAGCAGCUGCCGCCUGGCUUAUCCACAGUUUCUCCUGACCAAGGAGGCAAUCGGAUUCCACCUGGCCAAUGGAAGUUGAUCAAAGACUUCCCUCGGCUAGUGAUGCCUCAGGGAGAUCCCUGGGAAAAGGGUAUGGCAUUCCGCCAAUGGGCCACUGAGGCCUCAGCGCUCGCGGAAGCCAUUUCACCGUUGUUGGCUGAGUUCUUCAGACGCAGGCUGCGUGAGGGCCAGGAGCUCUACGAGAAACGCUUGAGAGUCAGCGAACAGGUGUCCUUGCAGCGGUUCCUGAGGCAGCUUCCUGUUGCCAACUCGUGCAAGGAACUCUUGGGUACUCUUCGACGAUGGCGGCUUGCUAAACAGCGAGCGGAGUACCUGAAGAUCCCCGAGCAGGCACCUCAUGAGUCCAUUGCAGCGUUCGACGGCUUGUGUCGGCAGCUGGAAAAGAAACACACGUUGCUGGGCACAAGACUGAGCCUUAUGAGACUUCAGCACAACAUUCAGGUGCCUACUCAUGAUGGCGUCUCUUCAUACUUGCAGAUCUUGGAGGCUGAGUGCACUCGAAUUUUUGCAGAGGAGCAAACGGCGUCGCGAGGAGGGCCGAAGCAUGGAGAUGUUGGAGAGUACGAUAUGCCAGCGGCUAAUCAGGCUGCUGGAGGAAAGGGUGUGAAACCACUCUGCGCGUACUACAACACUGCUAGGGGAUGCCUCAAAGGAUCUGAUUGCACUUUUCGGCAUGAGAAACAAGGGGGGACAAGCCAGAAAGGAAAGGGCGCACAGGGCAAGGAUGGCAAGAAUGGCAAAGGAGAUAAGGGCGCAACGAAGUCUGCAGAACCGAAGGCCAAGGCCAAAGCAGAGGCUAAGGCUGCUGCAGACGCAACUCCGACACCUUCUGCCAGAGCCAAGACAAAAGCAGAGAAGAAGGCUGCCAAGGCAGCCGCAAAGGCAGCAUCUUCAACAGCAGCUGUAGCGCAGGAGUUUGAGGACGUCCCAGCUUUGGCAGGAGCAGCUUGUGCAGCGCAGGAAUCUUCUUCAAGACCCUGUGCAAUGAUGGCUAGCAACUUGAAUGAUGAGCCAGACAGCGACAGCGACAGCGACAAUAAUCCGAGCAUCUCGGGAAUCCCCAUGCGAGCUGACGGUGACACUCCGGAAUGGUCUGAGGUGGAACGUGGAGAGUUCUCCAGUGAGGAGGCGGAGUCUGAAGGCAGUGAUGUUUUGCUUAACUUUCAGCAACAGCCUGAGCCACUUUGGACCUUAGAACUUUCUGUCACCGAGUACAUGCAAUGGCGGAGACCUGGGUUUGUUCACUCACGCGCAAGCCAUGAGUUUGUUGAGACGACGAACCCACGCAGUAUUUGCUGGCCGUUAUGGUGGAGUAUUCUUCAUGAUGAGCUUGAUGAGAAUGAGCAGGGAACCAUUCCAGUUGUGGAUGGGGUUGACAUCCUUCAAUGCGACAUUGCGCUGGUUAUGUUUGAUGACCAGAUAGCACGUCCUGUCUUUCUUGUUUGGCUUCUUGAGGAGGAGACUGGCAAUGAGCGAUAUGUUGCCAUAAUACGUCACCGACAGCGACCAGUUGUGAUUCCAGAAGAAGAGCCCGAGAGGAGCCAGGCAGCGCCGCCCAGGAUUGCUGGCGCCUCAUCGGCCAGACCUCGGCCAGCGACGCCGCCGCCGAGGCUUGGGUAUCCAGUGACUCCGUUGGCGAAAGCAACAGCGAAAAAUCUCAGGGCAGGGGAUGCUAGAAACUUGGUUUUUGCAGAGGCGACUGCCGAGGCAUUUGAAUCAGGUUUGCUGGUGUCCGAUGAUGAGGAAUCGUACCACUUCAGCCAAGCUUCUGCAGACCAGGACAGCUCAGAAGCCCAUCCAAGUUCGUCAGACGGUCCUCCUACAGCUAUGCGAUGCGUGGAGGUAGAAGAUCAGCAUGAUAUUCCUAGCUUGGUUGGCGCAAAGGCGUCUGUGGUUGCAUCAAGACUGGAGUGUAUGGAUUGUCCUGUGAGUAAUGUUGCAGCGGAAUCGCAGACUACAGAGCCCUCAGUUUUGGUGGACUCUGGAGCGAACGAGACGAUUCGCCCAUGGACCAAAGAUAUAAACGAGACCGGCUGCAGACGCACUUCUGUAAUCACUGCUUCAGGUGAUCAGGUGCCAGCUCUGAAGACCAGAGACGGAGAGCUCUGCAUCAAGGCUAGCCCCACUUCGAAGGAUUGGUUGCUGAGUGUCCGCAGGUUGGUGGAUGCAGGUGGCACGUUUUGCUGGAACCAACGUGGUGCAGUGGUAAGUUAUGUGGAUCAGCAUGGCGAGAAGCAGUCAGUGAGAUGCAGUAUUCAGAAUGGCCUACCAUUUCUCACGUGGCAGGAUUUCAAACCAAUCAGGAUUAUGCUUUCCAGGUACUUCAAGACGCAAUCCUCUUCAGCGUUGUCAGCCAAGGCCAGUGGGGGUGAUGAUGGUUGGACAGAGUGCGAAACGUGCACACUUGAAGAGCUGAUGCAGUACACCUGGGAUGAUGAAGUAGCUUGCGUGGGUGCGGAGCUGAAGGAUGAGGUCAUUCAAAAUGAAGCAAUGGCGCGCGAUGUCCUGUCUAAAGGGCCGAUCACAUAUCAAGAUGUGUGGGAGGUCAUAAGGAGUGCAGCGCUUCCAACUUCCUCCAGACGGACCCAGAUGUGGAUAUUUGGAUACUACUGCCACGGAGGAAUAGUGGGAGUCACGAACUUGACACGUCAGAGACCAAAUCUCUGCAAGCUGGUCAACGCAUUCCUUCAGCAGGAACUUCCCGACUUCACUUACGCUGCUUUUCAGAUUGCAGUUGACGCUACAUUGGCGCCACAUCGUGACAUUACAAAUGAGGUUGGUUCCAUGAGUGGGCUGAUCGGAGUGACGAAAUUCGAAGGUGGAAGAUUGUGGAUUGAAGACCGCAAUGGCACAGUGAAGCGGAGAAUUUCAGGUGACGAGAUCAAGGUUGGAAAGCUCUUGACUGUGAGCCAGCAGGAUGUGGCCCGUGGAACAUUGUCUCUUGACUUGUCAGGACCACAUCCUGAAUCCUUCUCUGGCCACCGCUAUUUUUUGGCAGCGAACCUUAGUGUUGACGGAGAUGACAUACCUUUCUCCAGACUUCUGCAGACCAAACAGUCUUCUGAAGUGGCAAAGGCUCUUGUUUCGGUCAUGGUUCAGAUAAUCUCUUUGGUGCAGGGAACCCCGUCUGUGUUUCGCAUUCACUCGGACGCAGGCAAGGAAUUCGUGGGAGGAGCGUUCUUGAAGGAGGUAGAGAGCUGCAGUAUAUGGGCAACUACCAGUGCUCCGUAUUGUCCACAGCAAAACGGCAGGGCAGAACGCUUAGUUGGCAUACUGAAGCAGGCGGCAGGCUCACUCUUGUUGCAUGCUCAGUUGCCGCUACAGUUGUGGAAUGAGGCCAUAUUGGAAGCGACUUUUCUUAGACGAUGUCGUGCCAUAGGGCUGGUUAUUCCCAAAGACCGACCGCACAUGGGAGAUGCUGUACUGGUGAGAAAGCCUUCUAGCACUGAUGCCCAUCCUUUUGCUCCAAAGGCUGAAGAGGGGGUUUUCCUGGCUAACGAUGAACGUACGCCCGGAGGUGCAAGAGUAAUGGUUGUUCGCAAUGGACGCAAUUCUGUCAGGGUGGUUCGCAUGCCGGUGCUCAUUGACAAGCAAUCUGCACGUUGGAGGCUGGAAAAAGGCCCUCAGGACCAGGUUGUUUGGAUUAGCACUUGCGGAGACAUUCGAUGGGACGCACCGCCUGCAGACUUGAUCACCGUUGAGGAGGCCACUGGUACAGCACAGGCAUGGAACGACGGGAAUACAGCAUCAGAGAUCAUCAGACAGCGUUUUAACGCACACUUGAAGCCAGAACUCUUGUUCAGUCUUUUUGGCCAUGGUUUCUUGGUGGGCCCAGAGCUUGGCGAACUUGCAGUGGCAGCUGCAGGGAAGCAAGAUGAGCCCUUUCAGGAGGAGAGCAAGGACAACUGGUACAGAGUGUUUGAUGCCGGUACUGAGGACGCCAUGAAUGAGAUGGAGAUCGCACUUCGUCUUUUGGCUGAGGAAGAGAUCACUGGCGAACCUGUUCCAAGUAGCAUUUUCUUCACCGGAACUGAGCAAGAGCGUCAGCCGUGGAUUAAAGCUGCUGGUGAUGAAGUGUUGAACAUGACCACAAACGCUGCGUGGGUGGAGGUGAAUAUCAGUAGCGCUCGAGAGGAAUUGGGUCUAGGGCCACAUGAACGCUUGCCCAAGGUGCUUCCCAUGACUGUCGUGUGCACUCGAAAGCCUUUGCUAAUGCAGGAUGACAAGUGUGAGCCAAGUGGUGACGCUGGAAAGGUUCUUGGGAAUAAGAGCCUGCAAGCGCCACAAUCCGCUUCAGAAGUGAAAGCUCUUGAGCAGAAGCGCUUUAAGCCAAAGGUUCGGUUGUGUGUUUGCGGGAAUUUUGAGGAGGUGAAGCCUGAAAUGAAAGAUGCCAACGCGGCGGAGACAGUUCCAGUGGAGAUCUUACGCUUGAUGCUGACGUUGCUGGCAACUCACCUUUCGUGGAGCGCUUUGUCUCUCGACAUCAGUGCUGCCUUUCUCAAUGCGGUGCUGACAGGAAAAGAAGUUAUCUUGAUGCAGCCGCCAAAAUCUUUGGUGAAGCUUGGACUGAUCCCUGAAGGAGUGUGGCUGAGAGCCAUGCGUGCAAUAUAUGGACUACGCCAGUCGCCGGCGAGAUGGGAAGAGCUUCGUGACUCCAUCUUGGACGGAGCAGUUCUUGAAGCAGCUGCAGGGGAUCUUCUUCCUACAUUGGUGAUUCAGGCCAUGAAAGGGUUUGGCGGCGUUUUCUUAAAAACAACUCGUGAUGCUCAACAGCUUGUUGCAGUCGCAUGCGUUUUUGUUGACGACGUUCUCGCUAUUGGCGAGACAGAAGCGAUCCUGAGAAUUGGAGAGUUCGUCUUGAAAUCCUGGAAAGGGAGGUUGCAGGGAAUGUUGUCUCGUGAACCGACUCAAGCGUGGAAGCGUGGAACACUUGAAGUAAAGGCAAAGUCUGAGUUGGUCUUUGUUGGCAUUCAGAUGUUUUUCCACAAUGGGGGAGUGGCUAUGUCACAACAGCGUUGGGUUGUCAAGCAGUUGAACGUGAGGGGUUACCUACACUUGAGUGGCAGUCCGUGUUUGCCGCAAGUUGAAGAGGGAAAAGUCUCAAAGGGAGAUGAAAAGCAAUGUGAUCCAAAACUUCUUAAGCAAGCGCAGCGCGAACUUGGCACGUUGAUGUGGUUGGCGACCAAGACAAGUUACCUGUUGCGUUGGGGCGGCAACACCUUGAUGUAUAAAUCGAUUCGACAAACUCUUACAGCAUUUUCCACAUGCGAAGCGGAAACCGGGGCAAUGGCCGAUGCCAUAGCUGACAUGUUGCGGAUGGAAAGCUAUGUCACGCAAGUUGGAGAGGUGAGUGAGAAGCUGGCCAUGGGCGACAAUGCAGCAUCUAUUGCAUCCUUGACAAAACCACGUUUUCAGGAGACGCUUUGGCGGACCAGGCACUAUGGGCUUCGUGCGUCAUGGGUACGAGAUGUUUUGAAAGAGUCAAAUAUUGCAGUUUCGCACAAGCCUGGCUCCGAGCUCACAGCCGACCUUCUUACCAAAACUCUUCCACGGUUGAAGUUGGAGCAAUUCCGCAAAGCCAUUGGUGUUUGCAGAGUACAUGAUGACAAUCUACAACUUAGCUGA